GCCGACGUCACAACCGACAUCAGAAGAUUCAUGCCGCGGGCGUUUCCGGCGCGCGCUGGCGCAGGGCGACUGCCUUUAGGCUCCCCUCCCCCAGCACUACCGCCAUCCAUGCACACAUAAAGCUAUCACACCCCCCCAGGAGCAAACUUGGGUGGUAAUAGCUCAGAUUCAGACGAAGUAAUCUGUACAUCAACACCAAAAGUAUACAACAUGUGGGGAAGAAGCCAGGACAAGACACCGGAACAACCGAAAGAAUGGCGCCAAGACGUUCGACCCCAAAAGCUGCCGGCACGCGAGAAGCUGCCUGCGGCGCUGCAGAAGAUAGUCGACAAGUCAGACAGAGAGGAUAACUUCUUCGACGAGCUGGUGGACGGGUAUGCGCCCGAGUCCACCGAAUCCAACGUCCGUUAUGCCGCCUACGUGACACGCAUCCGCACCAUCAUGAUGUCCGCCCAUCGAUACGUCGCCUACACCUCUGAUAUUGGCGAAUCCUUCCGGCCCGUCGCGCAUCCCGGUCUCGUCCGCACCGCAUACGGAAUCUCGUGGCUCUACAUCCUCGGCGAUGUCAGUUACGAGGGCUACAAGGCGUACUGGGCUAACCAGCGCGUACUCAACCCGCACCUCCAGCUUACGGCGCGGCAAGCAAAGAUUACGGGACUUCCGGAUGCCGUGUCAGAUGCAACGCACCCCAGCGAAGUGGUCCCGGGUGGCAAGGUUGCGCCGCUGGACGACUACAGGACUGUCAUGAUCCAGCGAGGCAUCUUCCAGAGCAUUGCCAGUAUGGGUCUCCCGGCUUUCACCAUCCACAGCGUCGUGAGGUACUCUGGCCGAGCCCUCAAGAACGCAAAGAACCCGAAAAUAAGAACCUGGGGCCCCAUUGGUCUCGGUCUUGCCGUCGUACCUUUCUUGCCCAGCCUCUUCGAUGAGCCGGUCGAGAACGCUGUGGAGUGGAUCUUCCACAAGGGCUUCGAGUCGUACGGUGGCAAGGAGUUUGUUGGCAAUGCACCAGCCACCGGUCGUGAAGACCUAUUGGCGAAGAGACCAAAGGAAAAGGAAUUGUAGGCGUGGCGUUUAGGAUGAUUUGGAUCACAACUCAAUCGGACUUGGCUCGGCGCAUGAAGGAAAUCUCCAAUUCACGGAACAUGGUAUUGAAGGGAGGAGCGAUUAGCACGGCCU